GGGUUAUAUGCAAAUAAAUGGGAGCAUAGGCGGAGAAUAUGGCGGCUCUUCGCUUGGAGGGUACUUACCUUCUACUUCCACUUGAUAACGAAAGAUGGAUAUCUUUGCAUCAAGGAAAUCUUUCAUGGAUUGGCUCAGCUGUCUAGGUGGCAUUACAACUCAUAGCAUGCAAAAUAUGGUCCAGUUGUAACAUACUGAAAAUCAGAAGAUGACUUGAAGAUUUGCCUCAGAUCUGGUCAGCUUUUCAGGAAUAUUAGAAUAAAGAACUUGGAUUUAUGUCUGGUUUAGACAGCCAGCAACAAACAAUAAGACAAACAUGUCGGCCUCGGUGACAGAGAACAUUUCUAGGCGGUUGAUGAAUCCUGGAAUAUCACAAGUCCACAAAGAUGUCACUGAUGAAAGGUACAGAGAAUUACCCCGCCCAAGGAAAGUGCGAUUUUUUGUUAGGGACAGAUUUUUCCAGGGAAAGAAGCUGUAUAUCACACCACACAAGUAUUAUAACUUCAAUGACUUGUUGAAUGAUCUGACUGGCAAGUUGCCUUCCAGCAUUAAUCUGCCUUAUGGAGUUCGUCAGAUUUUCACUCCAGUUGGUGGACGGCGCAUAUCAGACAUUGACGAUCUCCAGGAUGGGGAAACUUAUGUGUGUGCUGGAUUCGAGGGCUUUAAAACAAUAAAAUAUGGUCGCACUGAGCUGGAGCCUUGGUCUGUUGGCAAACCAAUGCGACCAUUGAAUUCCCUGGAUGGCGAGCUCGGCGCAGAGUUGUCCUACGGAAGUUACAAAUACCGGGGCUAUGUUGCCAACGCUUUCCACCCGGGCCGCUACUACCGCGGCAACGGCAACCCACCCAAUCGCCGUUGGCCGGGUGGCUUUGCCAGCACAAACCAGCGCUUUCCCGCCGGUCUGCUGGGAGGCCCUAUGGAGGCCGGCCAUCUAAAGCCCAAGGUGAUCACGAUCGUGCGCAACGGCUCGCAGCCUCUGAGCAACGUCAAGAUCCUCCUCAACCGCCGAAGCGUCCAGUCCUUCGAGCAGUUACUUGCAGACAUCAACGAGGCUUUCGGAUCGAAGUGGCGCAAGAAUCGCGUCUGCAAAAUGUUCACGACCCACGGGAGAGAAGUAAAGGGCGUGGCGGACUUUUUUCGCGAGGAGGACUGCUUCAUUGCAGUUGGAAGUGAAGGCCUGAGCGAGCGGGACGUGGCGGACAUCAUCGAGGAGCUGUACCCAGACAGCGCGUACGCCAAGGUGCUGCUGAAGGACUGGGACAAGCAGCGCCGCCACAACAACAAAGGUGGCUUGACCAACAGGGAGUCGGAACAGGGAGACAAGCGGGACAGCGGCUUCGUGGACGGUAGCGACACCAACAGCAACAGCCAUCGCGAGCAGGACUACGCCAGUCCCCCGGCUCCCCGUCAGUCUCGUCUGCGGCGAAGCAAGAGGGCUGCCGCAGCGGCUCUGAUGGUGAGUGCUGAGCCAGACAGUUCGGCCAGCUUCGAGGCCAUUUCACCCCACAACGAUCACCACUUUCUGAACAAGAUCGAAAAGGAGCGCCUGCGGGUCUCCAACGAUGAGCGAGACAAAGCGCGGAAACGCCAUCAUCGGGCGACGGAACAGGAACGGAGAACUCUCGACGAAGAGAGACGAAGACGUGGUUUACUUCCCCUGAACCCGCUGAAACCCCUGGAGGACAUCCCGAGAAAGGAAGUAAGGGAGAAGGAAAGAGAAGACGGCCAGCGGAAGAAGGAAGAGAUGAAGAAAGUAGAAGAGGAAGAAGAAGAAGAGGAAGAGAAUGAGGCAGAGAAAAUAAGGAAAGAAAGAGAGGAAGCAGAAAGGGCUGCACGCGAACGUAUGGCGGCAGCGGAGAAGGCGAAAGCGGACAAAGAACGGAUGGAGAAAGUAGAAGCAGAGAAAGAAAACAGAAACGAAAAUGAGAAGAAAGGAGAGAAGGAACACGUCAAAGAGUACGACGACGGAAGAGCGGAGAAGGCUAAGGACGAACAAACCGGCGAGAAGAUCGACCAGCCUAGAGACAACCCCGUGAAAGUGGAGACAACAACGGCGACGGUAGCAACGGAAGAGAAAGACAAGGAGAGGAAGCGGAAGCGAGACAACGCCGGCGAGAAGGAGGCUGCCGGCCGCAAGGCGAAGGUCAAGGUCGUGCGGCGCAGCCGAGCGGAGCGGCAGGUGGCGAACGACACGGUGGUGAUGGAGCGGUACGACCUGGGCCGCACCAUGGGGGAUGGCAACUUCGCCAUCGUGCGCUGGGCGCGGCACCGGGCCACCGGCCAGGAGUUCGCCAUGAAGGUCAUCGACAAACCCAAGCUGAAGGGCAAGGAACACAUGGUGGAGAACGAGAUCGACAUCAUGAAGGACUGCAACCACCCCAACAUCGUAAAGCUGUACGAGGAGUACGAGACUGCUGACAAGAUCUACCUGGUGAUGGAGCUGGUCAAGGGUGGAGAUUUGUUUGAUGCUAUCACCCAGAGUGUCAAGUUUGGUGAAGUGGAUUCAGCACACAUGGUGAAAAACCUUUGCAGCCUCUUCUACAUGCACUCCAGAUCUAUUGUCCACCGAGACCUCAAGCCUGAAAAUCUUCUGGUACACCGCAACAAAGACACAAGCAUCACGCUUAAACUUGCUGACUUUGGGUUGGCCAUGGAAGUGAAGGAGCUGAUUUUCACUGUGUGUGGUACACCUACUUAUGUGGCACCUGAGAUUCUUACAGAAAGUGGCUAUGGGCUAGAGGUGGACAUGUGGGCUGUUGGAGUGAUAACCUACAUCCUUCUGUGUGGUUUUCCGCCUUUUCGAAGCCCUGAUCGUAACCAGACAGAGCUUUUUGAAUAUAUCAAGGCUGGGGCAUACGAGUUUUUGUCUCCUUACUGGGACAAUGUAUCAGAAAGUGCAAAAGAUCUGAUAAGACGUUUGCUGGUUGUGGACAAAUCCAAACGUUAUACUGCUGUUGAUGUACUCAGCCAUCCAUGGAUUGUUUGUGGGGGUAACACCAACCACCCUCUUCCAGGCAUCAGCAGUGUCAGCAACUACUGCAAGGAGGUCCGGCGAGACCUGGAAGAACAAGCAAAGCAUAACUAUGAAAGCUAUCAAAGGUUAAAGGAAAAGAAGAGACGUGAUGAGUAAAGUUUUCUGCAGGUGUGUGCCAGACUGCAGGUCAUUGUGAUUCAUGGGUCAGUGUUUUCCUUCAUGCUUUCUAAAACAAACCUUCACUGCUGUUUCAGUCUCAAAGUGCCUGUCUUAUUACAAUUAGUAUCAUUCUGUGGGAUGAAAAACUAUACACUGACAUUAUUUUUAACAGGCCACAGAAUUUUUGAUACUAAGAGUUGGAAGCUAAGGCAUUUCUCUGAACUGGUUGCUUGUGAUGAACUACUUUAUAAUGUGGUGCUGCCUGGAAUAGAACUUGAAAAAUGGGAGGUUCACAUGUCAGCGAUUCAGUGCAAUUUCUAAAUUGUAACUAGAUUUUCCUUAUGUGCUUAUGAGGAAAAGUUUGUAACAAUUAAUCGUUUGGCAGAAGCAUGCCUAAACUACAAGGCUACCUUCAUAUAUGGCCAGCUGUAGUUGAGUUCCUUUUUACAAUGAAACAUUCUCACCAGCCUGUGAUAUUAAGGGCUUUUGUAAAGAGGAAAGCUAGAAAUGUACCAGCAACUCCUAUACAUUCCUCUGUUUCACUUAAAAACUACAGAUUAAAGUACCAAAAUCUUUGGUGCCAGUGUCUAUUUUAUGACAUGGCAUCAAAGCCAAGCAAGGUGAUUCAGGUCACUAUCCAUCUCAGGGAUUGAAUUCUGUUUCAUACAUCACUUUAUAAAAUAUCUGUUUUCUAAUGUUUCAUUUUGCAUUCCUUACUAAAAGAAGAGAGAGUGUGUAUGUGUGAUAGGCCCUUUUCUUUGAUGAAGAUUCAAAAACAGCUCGCGAAUGCAGUCACUUCCUUCCUAUAGUUCCAUUCAACAUAUGCAGUAUUUUGCAGUACAAACUGAGCUGUAGUAUUCACUCUUUAUGCAUCAAAGAUAUAACUUCAAAGGUAGUAUUUUUUAUAUGCUUGUAACAUUUUGAGAGAAGCAGGCAGAUAAUUGUGAACAGUUACCUCCCUUCAUUCUUGCAACCAGGGGCCAGUGGGCGUGACAAUUCUUGGGUGCUGUUAAAAUCAUGAAUUUAUCAUGAAUUAAGAUAAUAAUUUUUUUAUAUUUGGGGUAUACUAGAUCCUUUAUGAUUUUUUGGUUAAUAUAGUUAAUCACUGUUAAUGAUUAAUUGUGAAAUAAUCUGGAUAGUGUCCUGCAUUAUUCCAUUUGAUGUAAUAAAAUAUUGGAUUGUUGUAGCCAGCUGUUGUCCAAGAUGCACACAGGUACUCCAUGUAUAAGCAUGAAUGUUUUUUAAAAUUUUUAAAUCAUAUGAUUGAAUUUGUGAUAAUGCCUAAGUUUGUUAAAUGUUUUACUGAAUACACGGUUGUCAUAUCUCAAUCAAUCAGUCAAUCCUCUCUGUGGCAUCUGGCAUGUGAGGCAACAUCAAGGGACCUCCAUUUGGUUCUGUCUGCUGCUGUUCUGUCUCAAGUGAUAGGCCUCUUUAGGUCCUUCUCGAUGGUUUGCCUCCAUAUCUCUUUGGCCUUCCUCUGAUCCUCUUUCCCUGUGGUGUCCAUCACAGGGCUGUUCUGGGGAUUGAGCCUGGAGGCAUGCGCCAUGCUUGUCCUAGCCAUCACCAGCACUGCAGUUGGAUUGCUUCUGGCAAGGUGCACAUCCCUGUCCUGUCUUGCAGCUCUUCAUUCGAGAUGGUAUUGGGCCAGAUUCUUGUGUAUGUGCCCCCAGUUGUCAUAUCUAGUAGUUUUAAAGAUUUAUAAAAAGAAUAAAUAGAAAUAUUUUAAUCAUAGAUUCAGUAUCAACUUGGUGUCACUGAAUAUUUAUCGCAUAGUUAACAUGCAGCACAAGACCAGUCAGGUUUUUUUGUCAUAGUAAACAUGGUAGAAAGUCGGUGAGGCAAAGACUUUUUUACUUAACAAUUUACUUCAGUUGGCUCAUUCAGUGUAGCAAAACAUAAAAAAAUUACUCCCAAAAUUUAAUCCAGCUGUUGAAGAUUUCUACAUUUUCACAAUCUUAAUACAUCCCUGAACUACUUAAAAUACAUAUCUUAACUAUGUACCUGAACUACGUAUCUUAGCUUCAUAAAUGUGCCUACCCAGUUUUGGAACAUUGUUUAAUAUGUGUAGGUUUUAUUUGUUUAUGUGCCUUUUCAUCUUGGGGUGUUACUCUGAGUUUUUAUUCACCAUCAACUGUAAUGAUGUUGUCCACAGAAAUUUGGCUGUGAACAUCACCAGAAUUUUUUUUUCAGUUAAUUUCGCAAUUAAUGGCCAGUGAAUUUGCUUUUGUACACUUAGUUCUUUAAAGAAAUCCAUACAUUUAGUGUGAAUUAACAUUAACAUUAUUUAACAUUAACCUUCAAUACAAAAGAAUUGUAGUUGAAGCAAUUAUGGUGCCAGUUGAUACUGAAAAAGUGGUAGUUGAUGGAAAAAGCAUUAAUCAUUGCAAGAUUGUACAUACAAGUUAUUUCAUUUUUCAUAAUUAUAAAUAUCUUUACACUUUCUUUUGUUGCAACCAAAGCAAAUGACCUGUGAUAAAUUGUUACAUGCUUUAUUUGAGCUAUAUGAUUGUGUCUGUGAUGACAACUGUGCUAAUUUACUUGUAAAAUUUUUGUGAUAUCAGUCAUAUGUUGUGCAACCCUUCUUGUACUAAAUGUUUUAUUGCUGUCAAGUUUAAAAAGUUGUCAAAACUUUCAAAUGUACUAAACUAGUAAAUAUUCAUUAUUUGUGAUGGUAGAUGAUGCAUGUAGCGAACAGAAUUUAGAAAAUCUUUGUAUGCAUUUGUAAUUAUAGAUUUUGCUCUUAUAGUUUACAAAUCAUCAGCCAAUGUGUUAAGAUUCAAAGGUGAGAAAUGUGAUGCAAAAAGUAUAUAAUGAAGAAGUGUGAUAACCACAAUUACAUGAUUAAUAUUACUAUUCAUUAUUUUCUUUUUUUAAUCAAUUACAGUUUUAUUUACAUGUAUUGAUUAAUGCUAACCAUUUAAAACUGUACUGAUAUUGUGUCUUUUUCUUGUGUAGGCAUUUUUUUUGUGUGUUUGCAUGUGUACUGAGUGGGUACUGUAUGUGUGUGAUAGGAACAUUGUUAAGCUAAUUAUAUCAAAAUACAAUAUGCUUGCUGCUGGCAAGUAAUUGUUCCAUACAAAACUUUUUAUUUUUUAUUAUUAUUGUUUCAGUGAAUAAUUUUAUUACAAAGAAUAUAGGAGCUGAACAGAGUAUAAAUAUUUUAUGGAUGUAGCCUGAAUGAAAUUUUACGAGGUAUAUUGUAUUUUUUUUAGGAAGUCAAUCAUUUUUCAGUGAUGUUUUUUUGCAAGAAGAACAAAGAAAGAAUGCAUUGACUGUUAGGUCUAUUCAGCGAAGUUUUAUUGAAUUUUCCUUUUAUAUAUCAUCCUGUCCUGGUUAGGUGAGUUUACCUGCUGUUACAUAGCUUUAAAAUACACAAAUAUUAUUUCUACACUUUUAAAAUGAGAGUUUAAAUAUUGUGUUUUGUCUUGGUCACCAAGUUUUGACUGUUUCUUUUCUGGUUGAUAGCGGUUUAUGUGAAAACUUAUGGUUAUGAGGACGGGAUGCUGAAAAGUGAUUUUAUUCAUUCCUUCCUCAUCCAACAUCCAAAAAAUGCUCAAGUAGAAAGAUGCAGACCUCUCUGGAGAGAUCUAAGAACAUACACUAUUUGAAGACUUACAGGCCUGCUGUGAGCCUGGGGAGAGAGAAAUAGAAAGAUAAGAUUCAAACUAUUUUUUUUGUUCAUUAAUACAAAAAUUUACUGUUUUUAGAGCAAAACUGUGAAUGAUAUUUGAGGCUGAAUCCUGGUAAAACUAAUUGGCUUUUUAUCCGCACUGAUAAAAUUUGUAUUUGAGGGAUUGAAGGAAAAUGCGUGCGCGGAGUAGAAAGUAAUUACUGUAUGUGUUUUACCAGCGGCAUGCUAUUUUCAGAAUAUCUGUUCGACUAACAAAAAAGCUUACUUGUUUCCCCCUCACAGUACUCCAGCUGUGAAUGUUCAAAAUAUCCACUACUACAAAGAUAUUUCUCUGCUGCACUUACAUCUCAUCAUUUCUGUUUGUUAGUAGAUGUACUAUGUCAUUUCUUACAUACAGGGACGAAACUUGUUUUCAUUCAAGAUACAUUCAAGAAUUAUUCAAGAUGUAUGUCUGUAUGUCGUCAUGUAUCCCUUAUCAGUAGGUCAGUCAACCUUUCUUGGAUUCCUCCAUCAUGUGCACCCCUAACACCAGACCUGCAAGACCGUAACCAAGCAACGUAACUUUGUAGAAUCGGGUUACAAAGCCGUCAGUAAAAUGUUUUACUUAUUAAAUAAUUUUAUUAAUUUGAAUAAGCUGACAGCAAUGUUCUUUAAACUGCUCAAGUGCUUGUCCUAUUGCAUGUACCAUUGAAUGAAACAAUUCAAAUCGAAAAGGGCAGUGAACUGUUUAAUUUACAUUUUGAAGCACGUUUAAAUAUUCUAUUUGUUACAAUAAUACGAAGCAGACUAAUAAUGUUCAUGCUGCACGAUCGGGACUGAGUCACACAUGUAAAUAUCGACAUCAAAAUUGGAUGUCAUUGAAAAAUUUUGGGGUUCAGACAGAAUAGGACCGUAUGCUGAAAA